AUGAGUAUGCGCCGUGUGGGCACCCACACAUCUGAGGGGCCCAACGAUGAGGUCAUGCCAUACAGUGAUGAUGAGACAGACGAUGAGCUGGCUGCCAGUACAGAAGACGAAGAAGAGGUGAAUAGAGAUUCAGUAAUGGCUGAAGUUAUGUUUUUGUUUUACUUUUCAGAAAUUGGCUGGAAAGUGAAAGCCAAUGACCGAGCUUACCACAACUUGCCAGAAUUUAAAAAAAAAAAAUUCCUUUGCAUCAAGAAGAACAGAUACUCUGGGAAUGCCAUCAAGACGUACAAAUACAAUUUCUUCACAUUCAUUCCCCUAAACUUGAUUGAUCAGUUUAAGAGAGUUGCCAACAUCUACUUCCUGGCCCUGCUCAUCCUACAGCUUAUUCCAGCUAUUUCAACUCUGCCAUGGUACACCACUCUGAUUCCUCUGGUUGUGGUCCUGGGAGUAACUGCUAUCAAAGACCUGGUGGACGAUCUUGCUCGACAUAGGAUGGACAAGGCGAUUAAUAACAGAAAAUGUGAGGUCCUUCUCGAUGGCAGGUUUCAAGAGUCAAAGUGGAGACACAUCCAGGUUGGAGAUGUGGUGCGUCUAAAGAAAAAUGACUUCAUUCCGGCUGACCUGUUGCUGUUAUCUAGCUCAAACCCAAACAGCCUGUGCUAUGUUGAAACAGCAGAGCUUGAUGGAGAAACCAACCUGAAGUUCAAGAUGGGACUGAGAAUAACCGAUGAAAGACUACAAGAAGAACGUCAGUUGGCACAGUUUGAUGCGCUGAUUGAAUGCGAGGAACCCAACAACCGUCUGGAUAAGUUCACAGGGGUGAUGCAUUGGAAGGGUCAGCGCUAUCCCUUGGACCUGGACAACACGCUCCUCCGAGGUUGCAAGAUCAAAAAUACUGAAAUAUGUCACGGGCUCGUCAUCUUUGCAGGUGCUGACACAAAAAUCAUGAGAAAUGGUGGGAAGACAAGGUUCAAGAGGACAAAGAUUGACGAACUGAUGAACUAUAUGGUCUACACUAUCUUUGCCCUCCUGGUCCUGGCAGCAUCAGGACUUGCCAUUGGUCACAGCUUUUGGUAUGACGAAAUCGGGUCCAACGCCUGGUACCUUGACGAUGGUAGAAAUGAUAGUAGGUCCUACAGAGGAUUCCUUGCAUUCUGGGGUUACCUCAUUGUUCUGAACACCAUGGUGCCCAUUUCCCUCUAUGUCAGUGUGGAGGUGAUUCGUCUCGGCCAGAGUAAUUUCAUCAACUGGGACCUGCAGAUGUACUAUCCAGAAAAAGAUGCACCAGCAAAGGCUCGAACCACCACCCUGAAUGAGCAGCUUGGCCAGAUUGAAUACAUCUUCUCAGAUAAGACAGGAACACUGACACAAAACAUCAUGCAGUUCAAAAAGUGCACCAUUGCAGGACACAGCUAUGGAAUAAACAAAGGUUUUAAAUCCCUUCUUUCCUCAAAGCCAGUGGACUGGAGCUGGAAUUCAGAUGCUGAUAAAAAGUUUCAGUUCAUGGACAAUUCACUGGUUGCCUGUUUGCGAUCCAAGAAAGACAAAGAUGCAAUGGACUUCUUCAGACUCCUCUCCCUUUGUCACACUGUCAUGGUGGAGAACAAGGAUGGGGAAUUGGUGUACCAAGCAGCAUCUCCAGAUGAGGGGGCACUUGUUACAGCAGCUCGGAACUUUGGCUUUGUGUUUGUUUCCCGAACUCAGGAUACCAUCACCAUCCGUGAGAUGGAACAAGAGAAAACCUAUGAGAUGUUGGCGUUGCUUGACUUCAACUCUGACCGCAAACGCAUGUCAAUCAUUUUGAAGUUUCCAGAUGGUCGUAUUCGUCUUUACUGCAAAGGAGCUGAUACAGUCAUUUACCAACGACUUUCACCCAAUUCCAAACACAAGGAGUCCACUCAGACAGCGCUAGAUAAAUUUGCCAGGGAGACCCUGCGAACACUGUGCUUAUGCUACAAAGACAUCACUAGUAGUGAGUAUGAAGCCUGGUCCAGGAAACACAUGGAGGCCCAGGUGACAAUGGUCAACAGAGACGCCGCCCUCGAUCAAGUUUAUGAGCAGAUUGAGAAAAACCUUAUGCUAAUUGGAGCGACAGCCAUUGAAGACAAACUACAGGAUGGAGUACCAGAAACAAUCGCCCAACUAGCCAAAGCUGAAAUCAAGAUAUGGGUCUUGACUGGAGAUAAGAAAGAAACGGCAGAGAACAUCGGAUUUUCAUGCUCUCUUUUGACAGAAGACAUGCAAAUUCACUAUGGAGAAGAUGUUAAUGAGAAGCUGAGCCUCCGUCAAGCUAAGAGGAGACAUGAGCCUAUUACUGACAGUCGCGGAAGAAAGAAACCUUCAGAGCCAUUUUUCCCUGAACCGGGCAAAAAUGCACUCAUUAUCACUGGUGGAUGGCUGAAUGAAAUUUUGUAUGAGAAGAAGAAGAAACGCCGCCGUUUACGUCUUCGUCGUCUGGGAAAGCGACCGCCUCCUAGCCCUCAGGAAGGACAGCCAAUGAACGAGUGGGAGAAGGAGAUGAGACAGAUUGAUUUCGUGAACAUGGCCUGCGAGUGUGAAUCUGUGAUUUGCUGUCGUGUCACACCAAAACAGAAAGCUAACGUGGUCACUUUGGUGAAGAAGUAUAAGAAGGCAGUGACAUUGUCCAUUGGAGACGGGGCCAAUGAUGUAAACAUGAUCAAGACCGCAGAUAUUGGUGUUGGCAUCAGUGGUCAAGAGGGGAUGCAGGCAGUAAUGUCCAGUGACUUCUCUUUCGCUCAGUUCCGUUACUUGCAACGACUUCUUCUAGUGCAUGGACGUUGGUCCUACAUUAGAAUGUGCAAGUUCCUUCGGUUCUUCUUCUUCAAGAACUUUGCCUUCACGUUGGUUCAUUUUUGGUACUCUUUCUUCAGCGGAUACUCGUCACAGGUUGCCUAUGAGGACUGGUUCAUCACGCUCUACAAUCUUUUCUACAGCAGCUUACCAGUUCUUCUAGUUGGACUCCUCGACCAGGACGUCAAUGACAGACUGAGUCUCAAAUUUCCCAAGUUAUACCUGCCCGGCCAGAAGGGCUUGUUGUUCAACUACAAGAAGUUCUUCAUCAGUUUGUUCCAUGGAAUCUUCGCAUCUCUCAUCAUCUUCUUCAUUCCUUACGGAGCAUUCCUGCAAACCAUGGGGCAAGAUGGAGAAGCCCCCUCAGAUUACCAGUCUUUCGCUGUUGUCACUGCCUCAUCACUGGUUUUUACUGUCAAUUUACAGAUAUCCCUGGAUACCUCCUACUGGACCUUUGUCAACUGUUUUGCCGUUUUAGGAAGCAUAGCCAUCUACUUUGGGAUCAUGUUUGAUUUGCACAGUGCGGGAAUUCACGUCCUCUUCCCCCGAGAAUUCACCUUCACUGGUGCUGCAUCCAAUGCUCUCCGUCAGCCUUAUUUGUGGUUAACCAUAAUCCUCACAGUAGGCAUCAGCCUGUUGCCGGUCAUUUGUAUCCAAUUUCUCCAUAAAAUCAUCUGGCCUUCUGUGGGUGAUAAGGUCCAGAGAAACAGAAAGAGGUAUGAGUUGGAAAUGCAACAGGAGGCAAAAAAGAAAACACCAGGCUUCCAACGUGGUGGGCUUUCCCGCCGCUCCGGCUAUGCCUUCUCUCACUCUCGAGGCUAUGCAGACCUCAUCGCGUCUGGACGGAGCAUUCGGAGGCGCCCUACGUCCCGUGUUGGGCCUCAGAGCAGCAUCAGGGAGGUCCCCGAAAGAGCUGAGAACAUCUGA